AUGGCAAACGAUCUUGAAACAUUUCGUGAGCAGUGGAAGAAAGAGCUACAACACAUAGUUAAUGAUCAUUCAGUUCAUCCUUAUGAUGAUGAUGGUGCAGCUCCACCUACAGUAGGAGGAGUUUGCCCAGGAUGCGGAGAAGAAAAUAUACAGCUUGAUAAGCACAGUUCAAACAGUCUGUUAGCUCAUGGGAUACACGACGAAAGUAACGAUGAAACAAGCCAGGAUGCCGAAGUUGAUAAUAAGUUUAUCAGGGCCACUAAUACUACUGCUGUUACUACUACAGAGUCCACGGAAUUAGAGUAUUACCCGUUUAAAAUUCUUACGCAGUUUUUAAACGAAGCACCCAAGAGAUUUGUUCCCAGAAGGGCAAGACCAGCCGUAAAGCAAGCUUCACUUUCAUACACAAAAAGAAAAUAUUUUAAUAACGAAUCAGCAGAUAGUGCUGAAAAGAGACAGAGAGUUUUACAAAACAGAAGUGUCCUGUUACAGGAAGAGGGCGGAGCUAGGAAAAAUAUGUUGGAUCUAUUUCUUGCUGAUUUGGAUGAAAUCAAUGAGAUUCCCUUCUUUGAUUCUACUCUGCCACGAGAAGUCGCUAUUAAAAUCUUUCAACAUCUGGACAUGAAAUCAUUAUGCAGUUGUUCUCAGGUUAGUCACAGCUGGAGAAGUCUUGCAGAUGACGAGCUUCUUUGGUGUGGGGUUUCUCACAGUUUAGGCUACGAUACUGACCUUCAUGUCAGUGAUGGCCAUGGCUGGAAGGAGAAGGUUCGGCAGCGCGUGGAAGAGAAGAGGCUGUUGAAUGCAAAUUGGAAGGCCAGAACAGGGAAGCCCUAUAAUCUGAGCUACCCCAGAGGAGGGAUUUUAUGUGCUGUGCAUUCCUGUGGUUCUAACAUUGUUGCUGGAUACACGAGCUGCAAUGUUCGCUCCUGGAACACGAAAACUGGAGAUGUGUGUACGUUUAAUGCCAGCAACACUGCACUAGUCCUGGAUGAGAGUGCAGAGGAGCUGGGUCGAAUCCAUAAUGAGAUCAAACAAGUUUCAACGACAGCAUUUGUGACAGCAGCAUCAUUUAGACAUGGGUUUGUGGAUGUUUGGCGAAAUGAAGGCGGCACAGAUCCCAUCCACACUUUCACGUUUUCAAAUCCAGACAUCACAAGUUUAUCAGCGUGUGAUGUAGACAGCAGGGUUUCUUUGGUAGCAGCUUCCCAGGGCACCCGAGUUCAAGUCUGUGAGCUUGGAGAGGAGGUUGGGGAAUGCCUGAGUGAAUUUGACCUCAGUUCAGCGGUGACUAAGCUUGAUUGGUUGAGCCAGUGUCCAUCAAGUAGCUUGCCCCGCCUACUCAUAACAGGUCAUAAUACUGUGUAUGUGAAGGCUGUCAGUGUGUCAUCUCCCUGGAAUUAUUCAAGACAGGAUGAAAAGACAACAGAGGUACAUAAUGUUAUUUGGGCACCUAUUACCUCAGUUGGGUUUCGGAGAAGUGCAGAGGAAGUUGCUGUAGGAUUCAAUUUGUAUGCAGGGCCAUCUACUCAAAUCAAGGUGAAUGUCUACGAUUUGAUCAAGAACAAUCUAAUUACAACAUUGACAGGCCACACCUGGAUAGUUUCGUGCAUUUUCAUGCCAGACACACCAAGUCACCAGCUUGUCACAGGAAGUGGAGAUAGGAAAAUUCGACUUUAUGAUCUGAGGGCUGGUGUGUCUGCAUCCUUGACCUUGGUGGGGCAUGCUGCAAAGAUUACAGCCGUAGAAAUGGACGAUUGGAAAGUGGUCUCUGGAGAUGAAGGAGGCUUUGUCUGUGUGUGGGAUCAGAGAAUGUGUCGCAAGUUGUGGGAUGUGCGUAACAGACACCCCGUCCAGUACUGCCAUUUUGAUGACCGAUUGCUCAUCAUCGGAAAUGUUCCCUACAACAAGUUCCCGGAGACUGAUGAAUUUGAAGUAGUCUCUUCUUUGAGGUACAGAGGAACAGUUCAAGUGUACGAUUUCCUGGCCAACCAACAGACACAGGGAAUUCCCGAUAUAUGCCUGUCGAGCUACAGUGAUCCAGAAGCUUCUAAUUAUAACAUUGGUCUAGUUGUUCCGUACGAUGUUCUCAGCUAG